GGGUUAACAGGAGAAAACAUCACGGGUAAUGUCUGCGGACUUGAGGGAGGGGGAAUCUCCCUGGAUCAGCAGGCCCGUUUUGUUCGUGAAGUUCCACGGAGAUCCUCCGGUGGCGACUCCGAUUUCGAUAUCGAGAAGCUCGAUCGCAAACGACCCUCCAGGUUCUGCCGAGGUAUAGGGUUGGGCCGACACUGGCUCCAGCGCACGCGACUGGUCGUAUCCGCCCAAGAAGAGAGAACCGGGGAUGUUCAAGGCGGCCGAUCCAAUGUGCAAUCCGUACGAGUACGACGGAAUAGCCUUGCCGCCUCCGUUCGUAUAUAG